AUGCAAGGAGAAGAUUUAGAAUCACGUGAAGAGCAAAGAUUAAGCAGAGCUUUGCAAGGAAAGGUUGGGGCCAACAAGAGAGCUUCGAUUUGGGCACCAGUCCAAACCAAGCCCACCACUCAGGUGCCCGUCAACUUUACCGGCACACAAAGCUUGACCGCGGUCGACACGGCCAGCCCAUACGCCAACACAAGUGCAUUGGCCGACGAAAAGAUGCGACAGGAACAGGCCCGUCUCAAGAAAUGGGGUCUCGACACAAAUGGACAAACACAAGAAACCUCAGAGACAUCCUCGACCGCGUCCACUCCAGGUCUCCAAUCAUCACAAUCUUUUGAACAACAAUUUGACGACAAGGCCGUACUCGAGGAACGUCGUCUCACCAAAAUGGGUCUAAGUUCCACAAACUUAUUGGAUGAUUAUGUUGUCCCUGCCAGCAAGAGCACAACAACUGCCGCCUCCUCAAAUGUUGACGAAUCAUCAGUUGACAAUUCAUCGAUUCUUUCACAUGUAGAUGGUACACCAUCCGAAGAAAAGAUGCGUCAAGAACAAAAACGUUUGGAACGUUGGGGUCUUACUAUUGGAGGUGUGUCCCCUCCAUCGGCAUCUGCCACCAGUACCCCAGUUGUCAGCUCUCAACCAUCUAGCCAUAUCCAACAACCACCCACUCCAACUUCGUCGGCCACCCCAUCCUCCCCCUUUGCAGUUGGACAAGCUCAAACUGUCGCCUCGCAAUACAACUUAUCGGUCGACUCUGUCAAACCAUUCCUCGACAAGAUCAUAUAUGCUGCCAAGUCUGUCAAAUUAAUUCUCCACAAAAAAUCAUCCAACCACGAAGUCACUAUUGCCAUCCUCAUGGAUCUCGUCCAACAAUCGGCCUCUUUUGCCGUCAACCUCUCUGCCGAUCUCCCCAUCUCUUUUGACAUCUCUCAAUCGGCCGGUAAACUUGCCGGUGCCGUCAACGAACUCGUCAAAGGUGCUCCAGAUCGUGAACCAGUCCAAACUAUUAAAAUCUAUGAAGAAAUUCAAUCUCUUCUUGGUUUAUUAUAUUUGGGUGUUGUUGCUCAUUAA